GUAUCAUUGGUGGAAAGCAUUCGGCGCGGCGACCUCUAACCAAUCAGCGAAUUGUUUUCCUGUCCCGGAAUGUAAUAAAUAUCGCGGACGAAGAAAUAGUGAGGGAAAGGACAAAUAAGUAAUUUCAGGACUGUGUGAUUUAUAAACCAAUACAUUAUUCAAUAUAACGUUAAUACUUUAUUAUGCACAACUAUUGCUAAAUUGAUAUCUAGCUUUUAAGAGAAUGGGGCCGUGUUGUGAUACGAAGGACACACGUAAGGUAAGCUAGCUCGCUUUAGGCCUCUAGCUAAAUUUACGCGGAAAAGGAGGGCAAGUAGCUAGCCAAACUAGCUUGCUAACUGUUUAUAGGAAAUACUAGCUAGUAAUUUGUGCAACGAACAAGUUAGCCAGUUACAUCUAAGCAAGCAAUUCCGCUACCCCCUAACUCAUUUGUGGUGUAUUGCUUUAGCUAGUAAGCUAGGGUUAAUAGGCAAAAAUGAGCGAAAAAAAGAGCUGCAGCAAAAAGUCUGCAGUCUCCGCACUGAAGAAACGAUGUCCGUGCCCUGAACAGGCUGUUGAGGCCCCGCUUCCUAGUAAGUUAGCCAGAGUGGGCGACGACGUGUCCAGUGAAUUAACAUCGUAUUCUCAUGGAAACAAAAAUAGAGAAGAUGGCGAUAAAGUAUCAGCAAAGGAAGAGAAGAAUGGAAAUGACGAGCGUGGACUAGACGCUGAUGCACAGGUCAGCGCCGCCGAGAGUGCACCAGUCUCUCGCGAUCCAAAGAAAGUAGACACAGAGGAAAGUGCUGGAGAUUGCCGACCCUCAACUUCAAUGGGCCAGUCUGAUUCGGCCGCAAUAGCAGCCGCCAAGGCACUCGCUAGUUCCACAAAAGCAACAACAGAUGAGGCGAAACAAACCUCCUGCUCCUCCAAAAAAGUUGUACAUCAUGAGAGACUGGGACACAAAGUUAAGCGUGGUGACCAUGAGUCCUCAAACGAACGGGCAAAACCUGAAAGGGGUCUUCACACGCAGGCAGCAGCGGCAGACAGCUCUACUUCACUGUGUGGAGUUGACAGGGAGGAUGCUGAGGACAUGCCCGACGAGGACGACGACUUAAUACCUGGAUCAUCCUCCACACCGAGUUCCUCAUUCCCAUCAGAUAAUGACGAUGACGGGGAGUGCGCCAUAGUAUCAGUGAAGAUGGCCCCAGAGAUCCGACAAUCAUUGUCCCUUCUAGCACAGGUACAGAUGAGGCUGGAUACUCUGGAGAAGAAAGGUGCGUGGCUCCACCAGCGGUUAGAGCUGAAGAUGAGCUGCCAGCGCCGUCCACACCUGGACCAGCGCAGCUCAAUCACACAAGCCAUCCCCGACUUCUGGAUCACGGCAUUGUUGAACCACCCUCAUCUCUCUGCUCACAUCGAUGAAACCGAUGAAGACGCUCUCAGUUACAUGACCAACCUUGAAAUUGAAUCCUUCAAAAACAACAAGCUUGGCUACAGAAUUGGGUUCCACUUCAGGCAGAACCCUUACUUCCAAAACGUCAUCAUAGUGAAGGAGCUCCACCUUGGAAUGGGAGGAACUCCAGUGUCUUUCUCCGACCCCAUCCUGUGGUACCGCGGGCAGAAUCUGACGCUCCACAGUGAACCCAGGAGAUCGGGUCGUGGCAUCUACCAGACCUUCUUCAGCUGGUUCAGCGACCACACCAGCCCUGGCCGGGACGAUAUAGCACAGAUACUGAAGGAUGACCUUUUCAGAAACCCUCUGAGAUACUACCUGACUCCACUGUGGGUACUCAGGCAGAAUGGCAGCACCAGUGGGCCCAAGCCAGCUGACAACAGCAACAGGGAUGAUUGUGUGGUGAUCUCUGACUCGGAUGAUGACGAAGACCAGGCUGAAGAGCAGGCUAAUCCUGGACGAGGUCAUAGCAGGGAAGAGGAGGAUGAAGAUGAGGACGAGGUGCAUGGGGGUCAAGAUGCAGUGUCUGAUGACAGCGGCCAGGAGGCCAGAGAGGAUGAGGACUCAUACGGAGAGAAGGAUGAAGAGGUGGAUGAAUCACGAGGUCGCGAGGUUCGAGACCAAGAUGACGAGGAGGAUAUUGAGGUGGACGAAGAAGCGGACGAGUGCUAAGAUUGUUCAUUUUUCCCAGUUUCCUUUUUUCUUAUUAUGCACAAAAUCUAAAUUAUUAAUACAUUCUAAGUUCCUCAUUGCCUUUUUAAAAUUAGGGCAAAUUAAAAAAGCAGAGACACAAUGUUUUGACCUCCUGGUCAGUCCACCUUUUGAGUACUUUAACUUGGUGAAAAAAAUACCUUGUUUCACCUUUAACAUUCUGUCAUAAAGAGCACAUGUUAAAAAACAUGUUUUCCCAUUUCAAGACUAUAGCAGGUGCCUGUUAAGUGACAAGUAAAGUAACAGGGUUGACGAUGUUCUUAAAUUAGCCAUAAAAUCCCUCUUAACAGGGAAAAUGGAAGCAUGUCCUGUGCAACAGGGAGGGGCAAUUUGAAUGCGAGCUUCACCUCAGAAAAUGAAAUUGCCAAAACAUUUUCUAGAGUGUCAACCCUGUUACCCAUAGAUAGACAUGUUAUUCUCAACCCGUAUAGUUUUCCACCACAAAACUCUAGAAAAUUGCCAAAAAGAGUCGAACCAGCUCACCUGCAUUUGUGCACAAUUUCUACUUAAAAUAUCAAAGGGCUGCAAAGGGCACUCAUUUCGUCGAAUGUUUUGAUUUCUGUUUAAAAUUUAGAUCCCAGUAAUAAAGAAUCUAAGGAGCCAUGCCUAUCUUAAUUCUGUAACAUAAAAGGUAUUCGUUCUUGAGUCAUUCACUCUAGUUGAUAGGGCUACUCAGCACAAAAUGGAAAGAAAAUCAUAUUAAAUGAGAUUUGAGACUGCGAAAAUUUGAGAGCAUCUCUUGUUGCAAGUAAUUCUAUAAAACAAUCCUAGAUAUUUUACUGACCGGUAUCAGUGAUCAUGUCUUGAACUUUUCCUAUUGUAAAUCUGAUCUUUGUCGAAGUAAAUAGGUGAUUUUAUUUUUUUGUUGGUGGGUUGUAAUAAUUUACAAAACAUUGUCUCGGAUGCACUUCAUACUGAACCAAAUCUUGUUCUCAGGGAUGACCUAGUCGUGGGUGUUUUCAUGAAAGGAAACUGAUUUAUUUUAGGGACCGUAUAAGGUUUUCUUACACACCUGGCAUUGUUUGGGUGUAUCUGUGUAAAAAUAAGUUUAUUCUACAGUAGUUUGUUAGUUUAAGGUAAAUAUAGGUAAUGUGUCACCAGUGUUUUUGCCUUUUCUAUCAUAAACUUAGUGUGUAGCUCUACACCCAUAUUCCCAUGUUUAUCAUAAACUUAGUGUGUAGCUCUACACCCAUAUUCCCAUAUUUUCUAGUCAGUGUAUUCAUUUAAGUCAUUUUCAAGUUGGAAUCCUGCAUGGCGACACAGCCACGUCCGUUUGCGAUAUUGCGACAAAGAAGUUACUGCAAAUAACACUUUUCCCCCUCUGAUGUCAUUGCAAAGCGCGAUUGAAGAGCACAAUAUGUACUGCAAUGCUUUACUGCUCCUCAGCCAGUGGCGCUGUUUCCCGCUACUCUGGAUUCCAUCUUUAAAUAUAUUUUAACAAAUUGAUUGAGAUGUGUGAAGUCCAACAUUUUGACAUGAAUUGUAAUAUUUUGAGCUUGUUGCAUUGUUUUCGUCUUUUAGAAACUGGCAUCAUCACAAGUUGUUUUUGCAAUAAGUAAAGUUAAGUCAUGAUGAUGUUUGAAUGGUGUGCUGUCCAGAGAGAAUAUUUGCAUUGAUGAGUGGUCUGACGAAGUAGUGUAACUGUAGCCACGGGUUGCUCUUAAACUACUGUAACAAUACUAGUGCUUUUAUGUUAUUUCUUUUCCACACAGACGGAUGGCAUUGGCAUGUACAUAUUUAGAGUUAACCUUUUGUGCAGAGUUCAGAUCUGUUAAGCUUAAAUCGUUAUCUGUAACCAUCUGGAAUUUGAAAUAUAGUGUACAAUAACAGAAAGUUAUAUUUUGUGUGCUGAAUUUUAUAGUAUGCUGUAGUUUUGAAGAAAAUGUUUGUUAGUUUUUUAAGAUGUCCACAUUUUGAAUCAGACUUAAUUAAAUAGCAAGUUAUUUA